AUGCCGGACGCUGCCGCCCACCUGCCCUUCUACUACGGCAGCAUCGCGCGCUCAGAGGCCGAGGAGCACCUGAAGCUGGGCGGGAUGGCGGACGGGCUGUUCCUGCUGCGGCAGUGCCUGCGCAGCCUGGGCGGCUACGUGCUCUCCAUGGUGUGCGACCUGCAGUUCUACCACUACCCCAUCGAGCGCCAGCUCAACGGCACCUACGCCAUCCUGGGGGGCAAGGCGCACUGCGGCCCCGAGGAGCUCUGCGAGUUCUACUCCAAGGACGCCGACGGGCUCUGCUGCCCGCUGCGCAAGCCCUGCAACCGCCCCAGCGGGGUGGAGCCCCAGCCCGGCGUCUUUGACAGCAUGAGGGACAACAUGGUGCGGGAAUACGUGCGGCAGACCUGGAAACUGGAGGGGGAUGCCCUGGAACAGGCCAUCAUCAGCCAGGCUCCCCAGGUGGAGAAGCUGGUGGCCACCACAGCCCAUGAGAGGAUGCCCUGGUACCACGGCAACAUCAGUAGGGAGGAGGCAGAACGGAGACUCUACUCAGGGGCACAGCCUGAUGGGAAAUUCCUGCUGAGAGAGAAGAAGGAGAAUCGUGCCUACGCCCUGUCCCUCGUCUAUGGCAAGACUGUGUAUCACUACCGGGUGGAUCAUGACAAAUCUGGGAAAUAUUCCAUUCCUGAGGGCACCAAAUUCGACACACUCUGGCAGUUGGUGGAGUACUUAAAACUCAAACCAGACGGGCUGAUUUUCUACCUGAGGGAAGCCUGCCCCAACCCCAACAUGCCAGCCUCAGCAGCACCAGUUCCACCCACCCACCCCUCCGUGAGCAGAAACCUGGGCCCUCUCAAUGCAGAUGGAUACACCCCAGACCCUGUUGGGGCAGGAAAAUCCCGGCUGCUGCCCAUGGACACCAGUGUCUACGAGAGCCCCUACAGCGACCCCGAGGAGCUGAAGGACAAGAAACUGUUCCUGAAGAGGGACCACCUGAUGAUUGAUGAGGUGGAGCUGGGCGCCGGAAACUUUGGCUGCGUCAAGAAGGGAGUUUACAAAAUGAGGAAGAAGCAGAUUGACGUGGCCAUCAAGGUGCUGAAGAGCAACAACGAGAAGACAGUGAAGGAUGAGAUGAUGAAGGAGGCUCAGAUCAUGCACCAGCUGGACAAUCCCUACAUUGUGAGAAUGAUUGGAGUGUGCGAGGCCGAGUCACUGAUGCUGGUGAUGGAGAUGGCUUCUGGAGGGCCCCUCAACAGGUUCUUGGCUUCCAAGAAGGACGAGAUUACAACGAGCAACAUCGUGGAGCUGAUGCACCAGGUGUCCAUGGGCAUGAAGUACCUGGAGGAGAAGAACUUUGUCCACAGGGACCUGGCAGCCAGGAAUGUCUUGCUGGUCAACCAGCACUAUGCCAAGAUCAGUGACUUUGGGCUCUCCAAGGCUCUGGGAGCUGACGACAGCUACUACAAGGCCAGGACAGCAGGGAAGUGGCCCUUGAAGUGGUACGCCCCCGAGUGCAUCCUCUUCCAUAAGUUCUCCAGCAAGAGCGAUGUCUGGAGCUACGGUGUGACCAUGUGGGAGGCCUUCAGCUUCGGGCAGAAACCCUACAAGAAAAUGAAGGGCCCUGAGGUGAUCAGCUUCAUAGAGCAGGGCAAGCGCAUGGACUGUCCCCAGGAGUGCCCAGCAGAGAUGUACUCCCUGAUGCAGCAGUGCUGGACAUACAGAUGGGAAGAACGUCCAGGCUUUGUGGCUGUGGAGAACACCAUCCGCUCCUACUACUACAGCAUUGCUGCCAAGCCCGAAAAUGGGCCAGACACAGGGGACAGGGCCAAAGCAGCUCUUCCCUGA